AUCGCCGUCCUCUUCCCUCGCUUACAUCUCUUUCCCAAACAUACAAGCUCCCAAGGAAGCCUGAAUAUUCUAAAGGCGUAUCACAAAGGAGAUGGACCCUCAAAUCAUAGAUGCCCAAUUUGAUCGGGCAGUGCAGAUAGUACAGUCUCUUCCCAAGACAGGACCGAUCCAGACGGGGUACGAGGAGAAACUCGCCAUGUACAGUUUGUACAAGCAAGCUACUGUUGGGAACGUGGCUGGUGGUCGUCCUGCAAUGUGGGAUAUGCUUGGAAGAGCAAAAUGGGAUGCAUGGUCAAAACAUAAAGAAUUAGGAACGUACGAGGCUAAGUGGCAAUAUGUCGAGGAGUUGUUACGGGUAUUACAAAAGUAUCCAGAUAAGACCCUGGCACAAGACUUGAUAAGGGAACUCGAAGCCUACGACCCGAGUGCUAACGUCCUGAUGAGUGGAUCAUUCUCAAAAUCCCACGACAGCGACUCAGACUCUGAUUCGGAGGAAGAGGAACGAACGACAGGUCAAGGGCAACUUCCACAGCAGCAGCACGCAGAAGGCUCAGAUGACGAUGGAAGCAAUUCAGGUGACGAACACGAUGAUCAAAUUGGCGAAGGACUCCCUCGACAGCAAGUCAUGUCGAACCCCAACCUGAACCGAAGUCUCCUGGGCCGUCCUCAGAGCUCUCAUUCGUCAAAUAGAUAUCGAACACCUAUGGGCGGUUCUGCUGCUCUAUCUCCACCUCCAGGACCUUCCGGUCCGGCAACGUACAUGACACAGUCUCAGCAGCUCCCUCAACCUUAUGGCCAAUUACCGAGGCAUUCCGGUGUUUACAUCCAGCCGCAGUCUGUCCAGCAUGGAUUCGGAGCGUUAGGCGCUCCUUCCGGUAUGAGUAGCUCGGUGCCAAAUGUCCAGCCAAUGCCAGGUUUCGAGACUCCAUCUGCCUUCCCUGGUCCUUCACCACCACCCAUAGCCUCGGGCGUUCUCCCGCAUGCAUCGGGGAUGUCCGUAUCUGCGUCAGGAGGAAGUUCAUAUACGAACGUCGUACAUCCAUAUCCAGAAAACAUGUACCCAGGACAUCCGGCAUAUCGAGUAACUUCACACCAUAGCAACAGCCCAGGACAGGUAGCAGGUUCGGGCCAGGGUGUAGUAAGCUCAAUUGUCACAGGCGCAAGUAUACGUUCGCCGCUUGAACGGGCCGUAGAGAAUGUUCAAGCGCAUUUGACUGCUCUACAGGAACGUAUGGACAUUAUCGAAGGUCGCUCAAUAGGCGGUUCACCGUACGGGUCUUUUAGUGGUGGUCGAGGCGGACCACAGGGUGGAGGAAACUCGCCGCUUGGUUCUCCAUAUCGUUCUUCUUACUUCGGUGGCGCAGGAGGUGGACGAGGAAGAGGGUACGAAAGUUCAAUUUGGACUUGGCUCACGGAGUUUGACGAGGAUUACUUUGGGUGGGAUCACAUGGGAUUAUGGAGUACCGUACUCUCGCCGCUUGCACGUCUUACAAAGUUCCUCGGACGUGUAGUGUCAUUCCUUUUGGCGAGAAGAGAUGCUGAGGGGACAAGACGUCGUCCGCUUUCCCCCGGGCUUGCCAUUUUGCGACGUCUGCUGCUUGACGCGUCGUUUGUGCUUCUUGUUGCGUACGUUGCUCGGCGAGCGUGGAGACGGAGCGGUGUACGUAGGAGGGAAGUCAUACACGCGGUGAAAGGUGUUUGGCGUGCUAUUGUUGGACAGGGAACGGAGUUGAGGCAGCUUGUGGAAAAGGGAGUGUAAGAAACGAGACUUUGGUCCUCUCUAGGCUCGUUUGCUGUGAUUUUUACGACUCUUAAGAUACC